AUGAGGCCGGAACUCCGUCGAGCUGCGACAAUCCUGUCAACGUCCCACCGAUUGUCUACAUCCACGGUCAUAUCGUCAACAUCCUCCGUCCGCUGUUUCCAUUGCGCCACAAGAACGUGGGCAAUUGCCCAUCCCAUUACCGCUCAUGGACCACCUCCAAAGGCUCCUACCCCUGCUGCAGAGUUUAAAGAUGAUCCGCGACGAGCAGGACUAGACCAACAGAAAGCUCCGCAACAACAGCAAGAAAGCCAGACGAGACCGUCCGACCGCACCGCAACACCAGUAUCGCAGGCCAAAACUUCUCCAUUGAAAAAGCGGUUCUGGAAGGAUGUUGAUGUCAAGGAAUCUGCAGAUGGAUAUCAAAUACUGCUGGACACCCGACCCGUCCGCAGUCCUACAAAAACUAUCCUCACAGUCCCCAGCAACAAGCGACAUCUCGCCGAAGCGAUUUCCCUGGAAUGGGAUCUCCUCACUUCUGCCCAGCAAGCGCUCAAACAACACCUCAUACCGCUUACGUCCCUCACCACCCGCGCCGCCGAUAUCGUACGAGAAGAUGAACUAGGACAGAACAGAAUCCGACAAGAAAUCGCACGAACGGCGAUGCGAUAUCUCGAAACAGACACGCUACUGUGCUGGGUUCCGGAGAAGGAGAUUCACAACCCCUUAUCAAAGACAUCACUAGCACCGGAGGAAGAAACACUGCGCGAGAAACAAGUCCGGGUUGCUAGAGAGAUCAUCAACUUUUUGACCAGAACAAUCUGGCCCGGCGUCGAAAUCAAGCCCGUCUUGGAUGAAAAUAGUAUUAUUCCCAUGUCACAGGAUGAGAAAACCUUGGAGACAAUCCGAAGCUGGAUUUCGGCUCUCCCACCUUAUGAAUUGGCGGGCCUCGAGAGGGGAAUUCUUGCCAGUAAAAGUCUACUAGUUGCAGUCAGGUUGGUGGUUGAGUGGAGUGAACAUUUUUCUGGUCUGCAGGAGACUGUUCAGAAUGUGUCGAGGUUUGGCGUUGACGAGGCUGCCUGUGCGUCGAGUUUGGAGGUCACUCAUCAAACUGACCAGUGGGGCGAGGUUGAGGAUACGCAUGAUGUUGACCGUGAAGAUUUGAGGAGACAGCUUGGUAGUGUCAUUCUCUUGGUUAGCGGGGAUCGGAGAUGA